GCCUUUCUCACGUUUUCUAGUGGUUCGGCUGAUGAUGUUAAAGUAUGCACGUAGGGUCACGGUGUUCGAAACCGCUGCUGCAGAAAUCUCUCCCAUGAAUCCAGCCGGGGCGCAGGGCUUUGGAAAAACAGGCGGAGCGGAUGCGGGAGGAUGUGCUGCACAGGGCUGGGAUGAUUAGACGGCGCUGACCGUAUGCACCCCUAGUGCAGACGCCGGGGAUGGAGUUUCAAGGGUAGCAUGGCUUGCAGGUGAUCCGUGUGCAAGUGCCUCAAGUUUCUCCCACAAGAUGUGUUCCCCAAAUCCAGCAAACUGGGUCACCUUUGAUGACGAGCCACUCUUCCAGUCACCUCAGAAGUUGGUUGAUAAUCAGAGUAGUUGCAAAGCAAAUGGUCUUAAGCUCAACUUGUCCAGUGUUCAUGAGUCUUCAAGUAGGUCAUCCUCUACAGGCAGCACUCCACUCUCAUCUCCUGUAGUUGAUUUCUACCUAAGUCCUGGACCCCCCAGCAACUCUCCACUUACUACACCUACCAGAGACUACCCGGGAAACCUGUGCUUUCCAAAGUCUGGGGUUCACAUGCUUUAUCCCAUCCCUGAAUGGCCAACAAAUGUUAACCCUCCUCCAUCCCCCGGGAUUUGCUCAUCCCUAGCCUCACAGAAACCAAGCAACCUUCCUUUGAACCCCUCACCUAAUGACCAUCCAGUUAAGGCUUUGGUCUCCAAAUCAGCAGAUGAAGGAAGCCCUAACCCACCAGGAAGCUCUGAGGAGCUGGCUCCAGGACACUUCCCGUACUUCCACAGUGACUGUGCUUUUUCCAGUCCUUUUUGGAAGGAAGGGUGCUCCCUUAGCACGUUGCCAGCUAAUGUUAGCAUGCACAGGAAGGACAAAGUGCUCGACAGGAGCGGGUGUCAUCCUAGAGACAAAGAAACUUGUCAAGAUCAGAAGAGCCUUAACCAGGGCUCCUUCAGUUACAUCUGUGAGAGGCUUGAACAUCUGCAAGCUGACAACUGUGAGGCUGUGGAAAACCCACCCAUCUCCAGCACCCAUGCGUGGCACAAGCUCUCCCCCACCAUCCCACGCAGCCUUUUCAGGAGCCGGAAAUCAGAUGGGUGGCCGUUCAUGCUGAGGAUUCCUGAAAAGAAGAACAUGAUGUCAUCUCGGCAGUGGGGCCCUAUUUACCUGAGUGUCCUGGCUGGAGGGGUGUUGCAGAUGUAUUACGAAAAGGGCCUGGAGAAACCUUUCAAGGAAUUCCAGCUGCAGCCGCAGUGCAAGCUGUCCGAACCCAAACUGGAGAGCUACAAUGUCUCAGGAAAAAUCCACACUGUGAAGAUCGAGUGCGUGUCUUACACGGAGAAGAGGAGGUACCAUCCCAAAGUAGAGGUGAUCCAUGAGCCGGAGGUGGAGCAGAUGUUAAAGCUGGGCACCACAGAUUAUAACGACUUCACCGAUUUCCUCGUGACAGUCGAGGAGGAGCUCAUGAAACUUCCUACUGUUUCCAGACAAAAGAGGAAUUAUGAAGAGCAGGAAAUGACUCUGGAGAUAGUGGAUAACUUUUGGGGGAAAGUCACUAAGGCAGAAGGAAAACUCGUAGAAAGUGCAGUCAUCACACACAUUUACUGCCUGUGUUUUGUGAACGGUGGUGCUGAGUGUUUUCUAACCCUGAACGACCUGGAGCUCCAGAAGAGGGACGAGCGUUACUUUCAGAAGGAGCAGGAGAGGAAGUGGAUCGAUAUUCUCGACUGCCAUUUCCAUAACUGUGUGAAAAAGCAGGAGUUUGAGCAAUCACGGAUUAUUAAGUUUACACCCCUGGAUGCCUGCAGGCUGGAACUGAUGCGUUUCAGGACACGCUACAGCGGGCAAGACCUUCCCUUUUCUGUGAAGGCUGCAGUGGUGGUUCAGGGGGCUUACAUUGAACUUCAGGCUUUCAUAAACAUGUCUUCAACUGCUCAGAUCCUGACACGUUCACCCUCUGCGAAAUACUGUGAAAAUGUUAUGAUACGCUUUCCUGUUCCCACACAGUGGAUCAAAGCACUUUGGACCAUGAACCUCCAAAGGCAAAAGUCCCUAAAAGCAAAAAUGAAUAGGAGAGCAUGCCUUGGGGCUUUGCAUGAGGUUGAAUCUGAUCCUGUAAUCCAAGUCUCGGUUGGAACAGCAAAAUACGAGAGUGCCUACAGGGCCGUGGUGUGGAAGAUUGACAGGCUUCCAGAUAAAAAUUCAAGUUUGGAUCAUCCACACAGCCUGUCUUACAAACUGGAACUCGGGUCAGACCAGGAGAUACCAUCUGACUGGUAUCCAUUUGCUACUGUCCAAUUUGUUGUUCAUGAUACCUGUGCCUCAGGAACAGAAGUGAAGUCCCUGGGCAUAGAGAGUGAUCUGCAGCCCCAGAAACACGUGGUUCAGAAAGCUUUUUACAAUUGCCAGGUUGAAAUUGAAAAGAAGUGGAUUAGGCUUGAUGGAGAAGACCCAGAUAAGGCUGGCAACUGCCUAAUGCAAUGAAAGAGGACAGGAGGCACCAUUAUAGGAUAUUAGUAGGAAUCAAUUUACAUAGGAAAUUCUAUUGUUAGAAGAAGCGUGGUGACCUAGUCUAGGGUAAACAUGGUCAUUGAAUUUUUUUUUAGUGCUUAAGGGUUUGAGUCUGCAAAUCAGUACUCAUUUGACUGGCCUGCAUUCAAGUAAACUUCCUGUUAUGGGAGUCCUGGGAUGAAUGAGGUCUCCUUGUCAGAGCUGCAGGAUGUGAGCACUUCAUUGACUGAUUCUAAUAUAUUAUUUUCCUGUUGUGUAGCUUUAACUUGGGAAUGAUCUCAUACUCCAUAUUGAAACCUAAUGGCACUGAUCAAAGGGUUCAUGUCACUUGGACACAUAAUAUUCGGUAAUAAAAGCUGCCAGAGUGUGUAUGUGCAGACCAGCACCUGUGUAAGGUCCAGCAGGACCAAUUAAAUUUUUUAGUGCUGUUUGAAAACUAAAGUCCCUCCUGUUUCAGUGCUCCUUGAAGUACGUGAACAGAACAAGUCCAAAUAAUAUUCUCAACAAGAGCCUUAAUUAAUGAGUUGGAAACUGGGUGAUUUCGUUGGGAAAAAGGGUCCUCUGCAAUAAUAUUCUUUAUUUUUCCAUGGCUGCAACUGUUUCCUCCUCAGCACUUUAUAGGUUCACUCUAAGUAAUCUGUUGGGCAAAAAAACCAUAUGGCAGAUGUGAUUGAAGUUUCUGUGCCAGCAUUAGACAGUUCUUUUUCACUACUGUAGCAAGUGAGAUAAGGGGUGGAUUCUCAGAGUGUAAAUCAGUCCAGGCCUAUUUCAUCUGAUGGGGCUUUGAGAAUUUACAGCAGAAGUUUUCCCCCACAAGCUGGAGAAAAGACUGGUUGCUGCUGUUUGCCCGGUGUCUCCUUUAGGAUGCAAGUUCCAGAUGUUGGUAUGGAAACUGCAGGAGCUGUGGCUUUGAGUAACUUUUCAGACAUGCCUGGGAAGGGAGAUGUUUUUGUGCUACUGGCUCUAAAGGCAUUUUCCAUGGGGAAAUAAUGCAGGAAUGGACUGUCACAGGAGACAUGAAGCUGUGAUGCUUCAUUCAGGCAGCCUGAGCUACUAAUCACUAAUGUCAGUGUGUUAACUGUGUUUUCAACAAACAGUUGGCCUUUAGGGAAAGGCUCUAAUACUUCCCUUCAGCCAUUAUCCCCCUUGUCAUUUUCUGCAGGCUGUAAUUCCAAGUUUGAAAAAAUAUGAUAAAUGAAAAAAAUGCUCGUGAUACUUUUUUUUUUUUUUGGCUGCAGUUUUCCUAAAAUUAUCCUUACUUCAAACAAAAAUUACUGGAGAACAAAAAUGUAGUAAUGCACUGCCUCACUUUAUAUUUUGUAGAGCUUGUAAAUGUUUAUAUGAACACUGUGUAGAAAUACAGAUAAAUGUUAUUCCCCAAAAGUAGAAAUAUGUGGGAUAUACACAGAGAAAAUUACCAGUCUGAGGAAACAGAAGACCAUAAUAUGAACCUAGUUCAUCACAAUAAACUUUUCCCCCCAUCCGGAAGCUGAGAAUGAAAUGGGUAAUAGAUUCUAUAGUAAGUCCUGAGGGCAGGUUUUUUAUGGGCAUUGCAUUGCCAAAACCCCAAAUAGACUAUUAUGGUAUUUGGGCUUCUCUAUAUAUCCCUUUUAUUAGCAGAUUAUAUUGUUAUAAAUCUAAGCAAGCGUUGGACUGUAGUAGUGAUCCAAAUAUGUCUCAGCUGUUGCAUCCUCCAUCUGUGUUUUGACUUGAGAAGCCAUUAGCACCUUCAAGUCAUGUUUGGUGUGUUUUAUUAAUAAUUUUGGUUUAUAUUCUGCUCAGCUGAACCAAGGGGUACAGUGUGCACCAGGGCAAAGUGUUUAUACUUGGCAACAUGGCAACCUCUGCAGUUUGCUGAAGGCCACGGUUGUACUACAGCUCCAAUACUUAUUAACCUCUUUGCUCAGUGAGGUAGAGGAAGCAAAAUAUGCAUUGCAAUUACCCGUGGUUUCUUUUGUCUGAGGCUGACUUGUUUUGAUUGGCAUUAAUACAGCUAAUUCAGUAAACCUAUUAACAGUGGUUGCUCUCCAAAGCCUGUCUCGCCCAGCUGGCCGCUAUCUUUCUGUUCUUAAGAAGGAGGAACCUGAAUAUAUCCAUUCCACCUCUCUUUCACCUUAGGAUCUCCAUUCACAGCACUCACCUCCUGGACAUUGGUACCUAGUGGUGUUGCAGGUUCUGCAGAAGCAGUGGCUGCUUUUCUGCUCUCAGGUGUCUGCUGUGUCUCAGGAUGUGUUUAAGGAGCCUGUGUAGUGUUGACCCUUCAAGGUACAAGCUCUUGUUUGCAGUAAGUAGCUUAAAUAAUGAAUGACCACCUUACAAGUCACCAUUCCUGCUAGAGAGUUGUAUUAGGGUGUUAUGGUGCAAAUGCUCAUUCAGACUUACUGAACUCAUUAACAUAAAAAGGUCAAGCUACAGCUUUAUCUGUGUUGCAAACUCUUGGAUUUUCAUCUGAAGCUUGCAAGCCUCACAAUGCACUUUAAUCAGAAUUGGAUCAGGAUCACAGGGAAUUAAUUCCAUAGAAAUACUGCUACACUGAAAGAAAGUUACUUUGUUUAAUACGUGGCUUUUGGUUUGACAAUUACUUGACAAUUAGUGCAGCCUAAGGUGGAAUAAUUGCCCUGUUCAGUCUCACACUGAUGUUUAUAUGUCUUAAUGUCAGAAUAUUUAAAAAUAUGCUGCAGUCUAAUGAACGAAAAUUUGGGUUGUCUGACCUUUUUCCCCCCAUCGAAUUCUAACUUUCUCUUCUUUUGCGACGUGUCAAACCAGAAACACCCAGGCUUCCCCUUUCUUCUGCAUUGUCUUGAGCAUAACCUACCAAACAAAUAUUCUUAACUUUAAGAGUAAACUCUUAACUUUAAGACUCAUUGCUAACAUUUUCCUUGAAUGUUGCAGCAGCUGAUAGUGAGUAAACAUAUGGGCUCUGAAUUCUUUAGGAAUCUGGUCUACAAGUAGUCUAAUUGUAAUUUUGGGGGGGGGAAUGGAGAUGAGGAACAGUUGCUAUAAGCUGUUAAGAUGCUCAGUGUCCAGCUAGCAGAAGGACUGGAGCUUUAAAUAAUCCAGGAGGUACUGACAUCAUGUGAGGAACUGGGUUUCACACGUAUCUGAUCUUGCUUCCCCCAGCGAGUGCCUGCAGUUACUGAAAUGCUUCCAACUGUCUGGGUCACUUAAGAUGCUGACAUUUCACUAACAUUUACUUCAGGGCAGUAUUUAGGUAUUAUCUGUGUUUCCUUCACAAAGGACCAGCAGGUUUUGGGAUAUUUUAUACUUAAAACAGAAAUCAAUGAGAACAACUAUUUUUAUAGCGUUUGCCUUACUUACAAAGGGUUGCACUUGCUGAAACCGACAAACUUUAUCUUUGCAUUCAUCUUUCUCAUACUAAUUGUAUUACUCCAGGUAAAUGGCACUUGAUGUAGUUUUUGGAUUCAAACACCCAUUGAAGUCAAUGGAAGUCUUUUAACUGACAAAAUGGGAUCUGCAUCAAAGUCUCUAAGAAUAAAAGAGAGGCAAAAAAAAGAAGAAGAAAGGACUAGUGGUAAUGGUCUGUAGAUGAUUUUUUAUGUUAGUAAGUAAGAAACCUGAAACGCCUGCUUAUUCCAACCAGAAGAGAGCACAAAGGAUAGGAAAAGAGGUGUUACUGGAUGUCACAGCUGAAGCUUUGCAGUGAUUGGGAACAAUGGUUCUGUUGCCCCUGGGUAGCAGCUCUCGAGAAAUGAGGAUGAUGAUGCACUCCAUUGAUACCAAGCUACUGUCAUCCUUAUGCUCCUUGCUUUGAUUUCCUUCAGAUUCUGUAUUAGUUGUCCAAAAGUAUUUUACGUCUGAACACACGUUUUCACAUGUUACUUUUGGUUGUGUUUAUUUGCUUGGCAGACUUCUUAGCUGCGGUAUUGGUGUCCAUACUUCUAUUUUGCAUUUAUUUGUCUUUUUGUUACUUAACACAGUAACUAAGUGCUGCAGUUAGUAGUUCUUAGCAAUAAUUUUGAUAACUCUGAAGCAGUGCUGUUACUCCUAAUGGAAACUAUAAUUUUAUUUGGGUCUUUUGUCAGUAUAAGUACAAACAGAUCAUGCUGAUAAUCUUGUAAUAACAUUUUGUAGAUUGCAUAUUGAUUAAAAAAAUAAAGUUGUAUUUCAAACUA